AUGGCAAGCCGUGCUUUCGAGAUGAACCCCAUGGGCAAAAACUCCGUCGAGGUGUCGGUCCUGCGCAACAACCACAGUCGCGGGGGUUCAGACGGGAUAUUCAAUGGCAUGACCUCGGGAUCGACCUCGAACAGCAGGCGCAUGGAUCGCAAGUUCGGCACCCUAUCAAUUCUGUCGCUGUCACUCACGUUGCUAUCUUCGUGGGAAUCCAUUGGCAACAAUUAUGCGGAUGGGCUGGCGAACGGCGGGCCCGCUGGGCUCGUGUGGGGGAUGGUUCUCUCGUUAAUAGGGACCAUGGCCAUGGCGCUAUCGAUGGCAGAAAUGACCUCCAUUUGCCCGCUGGCGGGGGCUCAGUACCACUGGACUGCGGUGCUGGCCCCGCAGCGGAUCCGAACCGUCAGUACCUGGUUCCAAGGGUGGAUCACUGUUUUUGGAUGGCAGGCCUCCUGCACGAGUAUCUGUCUUUUGGUGUCGAGUCAAAUUCAGGGCAUGGCGCUUUUGAAUCAUGCCGAGUACCACCCCAAACAAUGGCAUGGGACACUGAUUAUUUGGGCGAUUGUCCUCUGCGCGGGGAUUAUCAACAUCUACGGGAUUAAGAUCUUGCCAACGUUGCAGAUGAUCGGCGGCAUAUUCCAUAUCAUCUUUUUCAUCGCUAUUACCAUUCCCAUCUUCUUGCUUGCGCGGCGGAGUGAGCCGCAGUUUGUCUUCACGGAGUUGAUGAUAUCCGAAGGGGGGUGGCAAAAUCCCGGGGUUGCUUGGUGUCUGGGCACACUAGCUGUGACCUAUUGUUUCAUAGGUUUUGACGGCGCUAUCCAUAUGAGUGAAGAGCUCCGCCAGCCAGACAUCAGAAUGCCUCGGAUUAUCGUCCAGAGUAUUCUGAUCGAUGGGAUUCUAGCUUUCAUCUUCCUGCUCGUCAUUCUGUUCUGCAUCGGGAAUGUCGACGAAGCAUUGAACCCGCGCUUUAUUUUCCCAUCCAUCGGUCUUUUCAGAGAAGCGACAGGUUCGGUCCGAGCUGCAACCAUCAUGCAGGCCGGAAUUUCUGUAAUCGGCAUGCUGUCGAGCAUUGGCGUAGUCACGUCCGUCUCAAGACUUACCUGGGCAUUUGCCCGCGAUGGCGGCCUGCCAUUUUCAGCUUACUUUGCGCAUGUCAUGAUGCUUCUCUCCCUGAUCAACAUCGCUUCAGAACAGGCUUUAAACGCCAUCCUCGCGCUAUCCACCAGUUCCAUCUACGUAUCCUAUCUGAUCCCCAUUGUAAUGAUGAUCAUACGGCGUCUCGACAAGACGCGCCCGCCAAUCAUGUUCGGGCCUUGGUCGCUUGGCCGGUAUGGAAUGGCGGUCAACGUGUUCGCUCUCAUAUUUGGGAUCUUCGUGUGCGUCUUCGUCCCUUUUCCCACCCAGAUUCCGGUGACGGCGCGGAAUAUGAAUUGGUCGGGACCGGUCUUUGUGGGUGUUUGUUUGUUGCUUCUUGCCGACUGGGUCUUUCGGGCUAGGAGGAGUUAUGUUGGGCCAGUGAAGGAUUUGUUGCAGUCG